AACAAGAUUGAAAUCAGUAAAGGAAAGUUUGGUGUUAUGUAUAAAGCUUAUUUAAAAGAUAUAAACCAAACUGUGGCUUUGAAGACUUUAUACUAUUAUGACGAAAAGUCAUUAGACAAUUUGAUUAGGAAGGUUAAAUACACUUUUGAAGUUAAUCACGAUAAUAUAAUAAAAUUCUUUGGAAUUACUCAAGGUCGUCGAGAAGACCAAAUUGAAGAAACCCCUGUUGAUUUCUGUAAGCUUUAUGAUGCUGCUUGGAGUGGUAGUCCAGAUAGUCGUCCUGACAUCAAAGAAAUUUGCGAAAAGUUAGAUCGUGUACAAUUAAAACCAGUUUUUAGAAAAAUAGUUGAAUAUUCUUCUUUUGAGAGGAAGGCAGAAAUCAGUAAGGGAGGGUUUGGAGUUACAUAUAAAGCUUAUUUCAAAGAUAAAAAACAAUCAGUGGUUUUGAAGACUUUAGGUCAUGAUGACGAAAAGUUAUUUUAUGAUUUUGUUAGAGAAGUUAAAUACACCAAAGUUAAACACAAAAAUAUAAUAGAAUUCUUUGGGACUACUCAAGGCAUAGCUUUGAAAGCACAUCAUGUAAUCAAAGGUGAUCGAGAAACUCCAAUUAAAGGAACUCCUGUUGAUUUCGAAAAUCUUUAUUGUACUGCUUGGGAUGAGAACCCAGAUAGCCGUCCUAACAUUAAAGAAAUUUGCAAAACAUUAAAAAAUAUGCGGUUAAAAUUAUUUUGUAACAACUUUCAAAAUUUCGAAUAUUACUCUUUUGAGAAACCAGAAAGAAUCGGUGAAGGAGGGUUUGGAGUUAUAUAUAAGGCUUAUUUAAAAGACAUGAACAAAAUUUUGGCUUUGAAAGAGAUUCUAGAUCGUGACGAAAAUUCAUUUGAUAAUUUUGUUAGAGAAUUUUUUGGAAUUACUCACGAUCCUCAAACAGAAACAUAUUAUAUCGUUCUUAAGUACGCAAAAAAUGGAAAUCUUGAACAUUAUUUAAGUGAUCGUUUUUCAGAAUUAGAUUGGUCAACUAAAAUUAGAAUGGCAAAAGAAAUUUCUAGUAAACGAGAAAUUCCAAUUGAAGGAACUCCCAUUGAUUUCUAUAAACUUUAUGAUGCUGCUUGGGAUGGUAAACCGGAUAGUCGUCCUAGCAUUGAAGAAAUUUGCAACAAGUUAGAUCACUUGCGAUUAGAACCAGUCUUUGAGCAGGUGCUUUAUUAUUCAUAUAUUGAACUUCUCAAGAAUAUAAUUGUUGAAAUUCCCAAGUUUUCAACUAUACUAAAUUAUUAA